ACGUUUAUCCGGCAUACACAACACUUGACACAUUGAAGGUUGCAGCGUUUGAGUAUAGAGGAGUCAUUCCAGUUGAUUGCAUAUACCAGUAAAAUUACUUGUUUGAUUUGUCUACAGAUAGUGAGUUGUCAAGUACCGGUAGUAAAAACAUCUAAACACUUCAUUUACGUACUAAUUAAGUACAUUUUCUCUAAUAUUAUAUCGUUUUAUUUAAAACUUGUAAAUCUGUAAAAAUUGUGAUAGUUUUAAGUGGUAGUUUUGAGAAAACGUGUACAAUUUAAUUUGGUUAGAGAAAAUUAAAUGGCUGAAUCGUGGCAGGCUCCUCCAAAGCAGGGCCUGUACGACCCGCAAUUCGAAAGAGAAGCUUGUGGCGUCGGUUUUAUAGCUGCCAUUGAUGGUAAACGUCAAAAUAAGAUUGUGCGCGAUGCUCAACGAUUGGCCGUUUCUAUGAACCAUCGUGGUGCUUGCGCCUGUGAUAAUGAUACGGGAGACGGCGCCGGCGUACUUACUGCUAUUCCGCACGAUUUUUAUUACGCCAAACUUAAAGAUGAACAAAAUAUUCAGUUGCCCCCAUUCGGUCAAUACGCUACUGGCAUUUUCUUCUUGGACAAACUGCAUCAUCAGCAAUCCGAACAGAAGUUCGCAGAAUUGGCAGAGGAAUUGGAUGUGUCCGUGUUGGCUUGGCGUACCGUACCAACCAACAAUUCCUCCAUAGGUGCAGUCGCCAAAAACUCCGAACCAUUCAUGAGACAGGUGUUUAUUACGUUGAGAAAUCCAGGAGACGAAGCUGAACAGGACAGAACAUAUUUUAUAUUACGCAAGCGUUCCAGCCAUCUUAUUCCAGCGCCUGGAAAGCGUUUCUACAUUUGCUCUUUAAGUCGUAGAACCGUGGUCUACAAAGGACAAUUGACAUCCGAUCAAUUGUGGACAUAUUUUCCUGAUCUAUCGGAUCCCAUGUACGAUACUUACUUGGCUUUGGUGCACACUAGAUUCUCAACUAAUACAUUUCCUAGUUGGGAAAGGGCUCAUCCCUUGAGAAUGCUUGCACAUAAUGGAGAAAUCAACACCUUGAGAGGCAACGUGAAUUUGAUGAAGGCCAGAGAAGGUGUAAUGAAAAACGAGGAAUUGGGUGAUAAACUGAAAACUUUAUAUCCAGUUGUAGAACCUAAUCUGUCAGAUUCCGGUUCUGCGGAUUGCGUCUUGGAAUUUUUGGUUCACGCUGGUAACAGGACACUACCAGAGGCUGUAAUGACAAUGGUUCCUGAAGCUUGGCAAAACGAUCCCACUAUGUCAGAAGAAAAACGGGACUACUACCAUUGGGCAGCAUGUACUAUGGAACCAUGGGAUGGUCCAGCUCUAAUAUCUUUUACAGAUGGUAGAUUAAUAGGUGCCAUUUUAGACCGUAACGGUUUACGACCUUCCAGAUUUUACAUUACCAAAGAUAAUAUAAUGAUUAUGGCCAGUGAGGUUGGUGUAUACGACGUCGAUCCAUCUCAAGUUAUACUAAAAAGUCGUCUAAAACCAGGAAGAAUGUUAUUGGUCGACACACAAGAAAAAACCGUUAUUCAAGAUAUCACAUUAAAACAAGAUAUCGCAAAAUCUAGACCACAUUCCGAAUGGUUAAAGGAACAGAUUUCUAUGGAUGAACUUAGAAAAGCUCAUCUGGAUGCUGGUAGGUCACCUAAACCAAAAUACGAAACUAGUGGAUUGGGUGACAAGAGAUUACCCUUGUAUGGUUACUCCACUGAAACUAUUCAUCUAUUAUUAUUACCCAUGAUAAAUAACAAGAAAGAAGCUUUGGGUAGUAUGGGCAACGACGUACCACUAGCAUGUCUGUCUAACUUCUCUCCUCUACUUUACGAAUACUUCAAACAACUUUUUGCACAAGUUACGAAUCCUCCUAUUGAUCCGUUCCGUGAAAAAGUUGUUAUGUCCUUACAAUGUCCCAUAGGACCCGAGGAUAAUAUUCUAAAACCCAGUUCCAGACAGGUUCACAGAUUAUGGCUGAAGAAUCCCGUAAUUUCAAUUGCUGAUUUGGAUAUUCUUAAGCAAACGACACAUCGGAAUUGGAGCGCUCAUGUCAUCGACAUAACGUUUCCCGAAGAAGAAGGAAUCCAUGGUUUUUUGAAGAAAUUACAAAGCGUAUGCGAGGAAGCUAACGAAAUGUCCGCCAAACAUCAAAUUAUCAUUUUAUCUGACCGAUUAGGAGGACCAAACAGAGUACCUAUAAGUAGUUUACUAGCUUUGGGUGCUACUCACCAUUACUUGAUAGAAUCUCGGUCUAGGAUGAAAGUAGCCUUGGUAGUUGAAACAGCUGAAGCUCGAGAAGUUCACCAUAUCUGUGUUCUUCUUGGUUAUGGCGCAGAUGCAAUUUGUCCAUACUUGGCUCUUGAACUGGCUUCUAGUCUUCGAGACCAAGGAGUAUUGGAUACCAAUCUAACAGACGAAGCUAUUUUCCAAAACUAUGCACAAGCUAUGUCUACCGGUAUCAGUAAAGUUAUGGCAAAAAUGGGGAUAUCCACUCUACAAUCUUACAAAUCUGCACAAAUAUUCGAAGCAGUCGGUUUAGCUGAAGACGUUAUCGAAAAGGCCUUCAAAGGAACACCAUCGCGAUUGGGCGGAGUUAAUUUGGAUCUAUUGGCAACGGAAAGUUUCGAAAGACAUCAAAAUGCUUACAAAGUCAGCCCCGACAGUUUAAUUAUAAGAGACGCAGGAAAUUAUCAUUGGAGAGCAGGAGGAGAGAAGCAUCUGAACGAACCAGCCAGUAUUGCCUCUCUACAGGAAGCGGCAGUAAAUAAAAACAAAACGGCGUACGAACGUUUCAAGGAAUCCACGAUGGAAUCUGUUAGAAACUGUAUGUUACGAGGUAGACUGGACUUACGAAGGCUCGAUCAACCUCUACCUUUGGACGAAAUAGAACCCGCUUCGGAAAUUGUUAAAAGAUUCGCUACGGGGGCUAUGAGCUUUGGUUCGAUUAGCUUAGAAUCGCAUCAGACUCUUGCUAUCGCUAUGAAUAAAGUGGGAGGUAAAAGUAAUACUGGUGAAGGUGGUGAAGACCCGGAAAGAUAUUUGGACGAAGAAAAACGUUCAUCCAUCAAACAAGUCGCCUCUGGUCGUUUUGGGGUGACUUCCUCAUAUCUAGCGCACGCCGAUGAUCUACAAAUUAAAAUGGCACAAGGCGCUAAACCAGGCGAAGGCGGUGAACUUCCUGGUUAUAAAGUAUCUGCCGAUAUAGCCAAGACGAGACAUUCUGUACCCGGAGUAGGUCUUAUCUCUCCGCCUCCUCAUCACGAUAUCUACUCCAUAGAAGAUUUAGCCGAAUUGAUUUACGAUUUGAAAUGCGCCAAUCCGUUAGCUCGUAUCUCAGUUAAACUCGUAUCCGAAGUUGGAGUCGGAGUUGUAGCUUCUGGUGUAGCUAAAGGUAAAGCUGAACACAUCGUCGUAUCUGGACAUGAUGGUGGAACUGGUGCUAGUUCUUGGACGGGGAUUAAAAGUGCUGGAUUACCGUGGGAAUUGGGUAUCGCCGAAACUCAUCAAGUUCUAGUUCUAAAUAACUUGAGAUCUCGAAUUGUUCUGCAAGCUGAUGGAAAUAUAAGAACUGGAUUUGACGUAGUGGUAGCCGCCAUAUUGGGUGCAGACGAAAUAGGUUUUAGUACUGCACCUUUAAUCGUAAUGGGUUGUACAAUGAUGAGGAAGUGUCAUCUCAAUACCUGUCCCGUUGGUAUAGCAACUCAAGAUCCAGUUUUGAGGAAAAAAUUCACCGGUAAACCAGAACAUGUCAUCAACUAUCUAUUCAUGCUCGCAGAAGAAGUUAGGGAACACAUGGCCAAUUUGGGGAUCCGCACGUACCAAGAAUUGAUUGGACGAACGGAUCUUCUUAAGGUAUUAGAAACCGGUUCCCAAAAAACGAAAUCUCUCAACUUGAACUUGAUAUUACAAAACGCUCUACAUAUGAGACCUGGAGUUAACAUCAAAGGUGGAUCCGUAUCGCAAGAUUUUCAAUUGGAACAACGACCCGAUAAUGAAUUGAUAGAGAAAUCACAACCGGUUAUCGAUGGGGCUCAGAAGUCGAUUGAUAUUGAGAUGAAAAUUAAUAAUGAAGAACGAGCUUUCGGAUCAACUCUUAGCUAUCAUAUAUCUCGCAAAUAUAAUGAAGACGGCUUGCCAGAAGGGAGUCAAAUAAAUAUUCGCCUAACGGGAUCUGCUGGUCAGAGUUUCUGCGCCUUUUUAGCAAAAGGUAUUAACGUAACACUAGAAGGAGAUGCUAACGAUUACGUUGGAAAAGGCCUUUCUGGUGGAAACAUUGUUAUUUACCCUCCCAAAACGUCACCGUUUGAAUCCCAUCUUAACGUCAUCGUUGGUAACGUUUGUUUAUAUGGAGCUACGUCUGGUAAAGCCUUUAUGAGGGGCAUAGCUUCGGAACGGUUUGCAGUUAGAAAUUCUGGAGCUAUUACUGUUGUAGAAGGUGUAGGAGACCAUGGAUGCGAAUAUAUGACCGGAGGAAUCGUGUUAAUUCUAGGUCUGACUGGUAGAAACUUUGCAGCCGGUAUGUCUGGAGGUAUCGCUUACGUAUGGGAUAUAGACGGUAAAUUUUCCACAAAAUGUAACAUGGAAACCGUAGAACUAUGCAAAUUGGAAGAUAAAGAAGAUGUAGAUCUCGUUAUAUCCCUUCUCAAAGAAUUCGAAGAAUUGACCGGAAGUAUUGUAGCUAAAACUCUGAUAGAUGAAUUUGAUAUCCGUAAGAGAGAAUUCGUCAAAGUUUUUCCGUACGAAUACCAGAGAGCAUUAAAACAAAAAACUGCGGAAAUACCCGUCAAUCAACCUCAAGCUGUGGAACCCAAGAUACUGGAUAUUGAAGACGCCAUCGGCGAUGCUACUCACGAGCAAAAGAAAGUUGAAAGGGCUCUGGAUAAGACCAGAGGUUUUAUGAAAUAUCCUCGUGAAGCCGCUCCCUACCGUCCUGCUGAUAAACGUAUGAAAGAUUGGGAUGAAAUUUACAAUUUUACUCACGUACGUAAAGGACUUCGCGUACAAGCUGCCCGUUGUAUGGAAUGCGGCGUGCCGUUCUGUCAAUCGAAUAGUCACGGGUGUCCAUUAGGUAACAUAAUUCCCCGAUGGAAUCUUCUGGUAUUCCAGAAUCAAUGGAGGCAAGCUUUGAAUCAUCUUCUUCAAACUAAUAACUUCCCGGAGUUUACUGGCAGAGUUUGUCCUGCACCUUGCGAAGCUGCUUGUGUACUUGGUAUAUCAGAACCAAGUGUUACCAUCAAAAAUAUCGAAUGUGCUAUAAUAGAUCAUGCUUUCGAAAAUGGUUGGAUCGUUCCCCAAAUACCCACAGUACGCAAUGGCAAGAGAGUAGCUAUAGUAGGAUCCGGUCCGGCUGGUCUGGCUUGCGCAAAUCAGUUGAAUAAAGCAGGUUAUCUAGUUACGGUUUUCGAAAGAAAUGACAGAAUCGGGGGGUUACUUCAGUACGGAAUUCCCACAAUGAAAUUAAGUAAGACUGUAGUGCAGAGAAGAGUAGAUCUUUUAGCUGCCGAAGGGAUCGAAUUCAAGACCAAUGUCAAUGUGGGAAAAGAUAUUUUAGCUAAUGAAUUAAGUGAUGAGUACGACGCUGUCGUACUUGCCACUGGGGCAACGUGGCCGAGAGAUUUGCCACUUCCAGGUCGUCAAUUAAAUGGCAUCCACUUUGCCAUGGAAUUUUUGGAAAGUUGGCAGAAAAAACAACUCGGAGCUAAUUUCGACGGGCCUCAUGCCAAAGACAAAAAUGUGAUAAUUAUCGGUGGUGGUGAUACAGGCUGUGAUUGUAUUGCAACUUCUUUAAGACAAGGCGCUGCUUCGAUUACUACUUUUGAAAUUCUACCCGAACCUAAAACGAAGAGAACCAACGAUAAUCCUUGGCCCCAGUGGCCUAGAGUCUUUAGAGUAGAUUACGGUCACGAAGAAGUGAAAGUCCGCUACGGCGCAGACCCUAGAGUAUUUAGCAUUAUGACUCAAGAAUUUUUAGAUGAUGGUAAGGGUCAUGUGAGCGGAGUUAAAACAGUGAACGUAGAAUGGAUAAAAGAUGAUAGUGGACGUUGGCAGAUGAACCAAGUACCUGGAACUGAAAAAGUAUUUAAAGCUGAUUUAGUACUUUUAGCCAUGGGUUUCUUGGGACCCGAAAGGGCUAUUGGUGACCAACUGGAACUCACUUUGGAUGCUAGAUCGAACUUUAGUACAAAGGACUAUAAAACCAAUGUGAAGAACGUAUUUGCCGCUGGAGAUUGCCGAAGAGGUCAGUCUCUUGUUGUAUGGGCGAUUUCUGAAGGUCGUCAGGCUGCAAAGGCCGUAGAUGAAUUCUUGAAACAUGAUCGGUCUCUCUUACCAGGCCCGGGGGGUAUUAUACAGCCAUCAGUACAUACAGUAUCUUGUCCGGUUUAAAUACAUUUUGAAGUUGAAUUCACACAAAAUUAUGUUUUGUGCUUGCAUAUUAAGUUUCUGUUUAGUAUAUUUUAUAGAGAUUUUUUUAAGCGUGUUCUAUUUAUAAAAUGUGACAUUGUUUUGGUAAAAUAAAAUAAUGUACUGGUAGUCAGGUAUAAAUAAAGGGUGUCCCAAAAUUAACGCACGAUUCGAAUUAAAUAGAAAACAUAGUUUCUAUUCUUUUAAUUAUAAUUUUCUUAAUGAAUCAUAAAGUACAUGGGAUGGGGUUAUUUGUGGUGGAACACAUCGGACCAAUGGCCUCUACGGCUUUGUAUACACAUACGCACUCGUUUGUCGAAAUUUUAUUGAUCAUUGUGCAUAAAUUUGGCUGAAUUUCGUUGAUACAACGUUGAAUCCUCUCCUUUAAUGUACAAGUGGUUUAUUGACGUAGAUUUGUGAUUUGAAAUAACCCCAUAAAAACAAAUUUAAUGGUGUUAAAUCAAACGAUCUGGGAGGCUAAUUUUGAUCACCUAAACGAGAGAGUACAUGACAUGGAAAUGUCUCAUGUAGUAAUUGGAGUAUUUCAUGGACUGUAUGGCAUGUACCACCUUCUUGUUGAAACCACAUAUUGGCCACAUCAAUAUCAUCCAUUUUGAUUUGACUUUACCAGCUUAAUUUUCAAAAAACUAUGGUCCAAUUAUGCCUCCAGUACAAAAUGCACACCAAACAGUGGAUGUGCUUUUCAACAUUCAUAUGUGCGUUCCCAGAACCCCAAAAGCGGCAAUUUUGGCGUUUAACAAACCCUCUUUGCUGACCAAGGCCAUUAGGCUUCAGCUUUUGUGUAUAUGAACUUUAUAAACAUGAAUACGCAAAUCUUUAGUGAGUAAACGCUAUAAAAACCUUCUUGUAAUUGUAAUUUUUGUCCACGACGCCGAAUUGAGGUUCCUGGAUUGUCACCACCACUCUAACGCAUCGCUUCGAUAUUGACAUUUGAACGAUUUGUUUUUGAACGACCAGUGUGUUUGGCAUCUCCAGUCGACGAAGUUAAAACACUAUUCGGACCAUAUUUUGUAUAAAAUAUUCGAAUUUUGGCUGUCAAGCAACGCUUCAUUUUUUCUAACCCCAAACCAGUUAGUAGUCGAUUUGUUUUUUUUAGGGUUGUGAACACGUUAUCGCAUAAAUGGCGGCAAAUUUAAAUCUUGCGUUAAUUUUGGGACACCCAAUAGUUGAAAUAUAUAUCAUCAAAUGUAGUAGGUAGUUGUUUUUAAUUCAUAAAACGAUUUAGGUACAUACGAAGUGCUUCCAAAUUUAUAUAUUAUCAAAAUUAAAUAAUUAAAAAAAUCUUGUGGAUAUAUUUAUCGCAUUUCAAGUAGAAUUGAAUAUUUGUUAAAGAAAAUCGCAUUAUUGUUGAAAAUAAACACGCUUAAUACAUUAAAUAGUUUUUAUUAGUUCCGAAGUUGGUUAAAAAAGAUGGAUUCUUAGAGAGACAAAUCAAAAAUUAUAUAAAAAAUUGUUGUGGGUUGACAUUAUUGUAUUUAAAUUAUAAUUUCAUUAAUUUAUUUAUUAAUUCCGUCGUGUCUGUUAAUUUUUUUAGAAUAAAUAGUAGAUGGUGUUGUUAA